GUCAUUUAUUUUGAAUGUUUAUGCUUGGACGUUUUAUUUUUGCAAGUGAAGUAAUGAUUAACUGGAGAUUUUAACCUUAUAACAAUUUUGUUAUAUCUAUAUUAUGACUAAAAUGAUUCCGGCUGUUCGACUAGCAUCUCACGAAGUUGAGGAAUUAACAAAAAACCGCUUUCGUGAAGCUCGCUUAAAACGUUUGCAUCAGGUACGCGAACAAUCAUCUCAGUUUGCAAGAAACAUUCGAGAUGCAAGGGAGGAAAAAAAAGAAAAAAUUUUAAAAGGUAUGGAGAUCAAGCUAAAGCAAAAAAUUGAUUCUGAGGUGAAGACCAUGAUUCAAGAAAUGGAAGAAGAAGUUUUAACCUGCUUGACAAAGUUUGGAGGUGCUCAUGCACGAGCAAAUCAAGAAAAUGAAGAAAAUUAUGAGGCUAUUCGUCUGGAACAGUUAACCAAAAACCGAAUGAAAGCAACACACCUAGGAAAAGAUGCUUUAAAGGAACUCAAGUUACAGAGGCAACAGACAUCUAUUGAGCAAAAUAAAAAAAUAUUGCAAAGGAAACAAGCUCUUGAUACAGAGGCUGUGAGAUCAUCUUACAUUGCAUCUUUACCGCCUGUUCAAGUAGUUGCAGAAACUGUCAAAGAAGAUCCACCUAAAGUCAUCCGGUUUGACAAAUCAACACUGUUUCAGACAGAAUAUGUGAUUAAGCAUAAAAUUGUAGAAGCGGUUAGAAGCCCACAGGAUGCCAGACAAGCAGCUAUGCUGUCUGAAAUGGAAACCAAUGAGUUUGUAAAGAAAAAGGAGGAGAAAAAAAUGGAAGAUGAUAAAAAAAUCCUGAAAAGGGGAAAGGAAGCUUUGGUGAAGGAGAAAAGCCACAGCAACUAUUUGCGACUCCUGGAUGAAUUGGACAAAAUGGAACAGAAACCUGAAAAAGACUGGGACGUCGAGAGCACGUCGACCACCAUUGACCGAUCGUCUUCUGAAACUUCAUCUCGAGCUACUUCCCCUCCGACCUCUGCAUGCCUUAGCACAGACCGCGGGAAAAGUCUACCUAUUGAAAAUCCUUCAGAUGCUCCUCGGUCUCAGCCUACUGAAGAAGCUUGUCGGCAAUGGUCAUCAGAUGAAGAAAUGGUUCCAGUUAGAGAUAGCACGGCAAGAAAGCUUAUAGCCCCACCGAAGCUCAAUGCCAAAGAUACCCAACAGCUUAACGAAAUCGGCCAUUUACUUAAGGAACUUAAAGAGGAGCAGGAGCGAUGGAUUGCUUCCGAUCAGGCAAAUAUUCUUAAAGGAGUUGAAUCAAAAUCCACUUCAAGUUCUAUUCGGAGCUCGUCUUCGACAUCUGAUGGCCUGGUUCUGUUUAGUGACGAUGAUCUGGAAAUCCGUUUUGACGUAAUGGAGAAAUCGGAUACUUCGUCUGACGAUUCACGACUUCGCAAGAAUCUGGCUAACGCAUUGAAUGCCAUUCGGAAAGAGCGUAUUCAGCUGGAUAGCAUCUUAGAAUCUAGCAAGCCAACAAAACGCCCCGGAAUUCUUCGCAGACCAAAUUCUAUGCCGGAUUCUUGCGCAACAUCAACUCCUUUGGCAAACAACAAUGCCAAACAGGCAAGCACCGAAGAUAAUCGAAAACAAGUUCUGAAACAUUACGUCCAAAAGCUGCUAGAAAUGAAGAGUCAGGACGUCCGAGAACUCAGCAUUAGUACUUCCUCGAGCAGCAAUUCGACAUCCACACCAAAAUCACUAACAGGAUCGAUUCCGCCUUGUCGUCCGGCGCCUACUACGCCGGAAGGAGCUGAGUGGUCUACAAGGACAGAUUCUUCGCCAUCGGCUUACGAUUCCCCGGCAUCCAGUACGGAACAAUCAUCGUCAAAGAUCUCGAAUGCCUCUUCGUUGCCCCUGGGAGCAGAAGCUUCCGCUUAUCGAAGAUCGGAUGCUGGAAAAUGGGAUUCAAAUGGACUCUUCACUCUAGGACCAUUGUUGGAUGUGUAUAACGACGUUUACCAAGCGUAUAACCAACGCUUGCGCGUUAUGGCAGAAGAACGACGCAGCCCUCAGCAGACUCCUCCAUGGCAAGAGUCGUCAACCGAAUCCUCUUUCAUGUCGUUGACUUUAUCGGCCACAUCCACCGAGCGAUCGACGGUCUCUAGGCAACGAUCGUGUGGCUUCCCCGGAGAUCGUUCCUCUUUCAGUGUCGGGCUCUCCCUUUCCUCUUCCUCGUCGGGUAAUAGUAGCCGGGAACCAAGUUCUGUACAGGACUGGGACAAAGUUUCAGUUAGGUCUAAAGUAUGCACCUCGCUUAGCAGUACCAUCUCUGACCUGAAAUCGAUCAAUUUGUCCACCACAAGCAGCCAAGAUGUUUCCAUGCCGGACGUUGAUGAAGCACUAAAGCGCCUCGGUCUACCAUCUAUGCAGUCUGUCUUAAGACGCUGAAACACAUUCCUUUUUUUGUUUCACGAAAUUUAGAAUUUUUUUUGUUUCAAAUGAGUUCCGACAG